AACUCAGUGGGUGGACACAAAGAAGCAUGCACAAUUGCAUUCUUCUAAAUAUCGCUAGUAUAGUGUUCCUUGCAUGCAUUACCACAAUGUGAUCAAGAGAGCAAACGAUGACAUUGCAGACGGUUUACAGAAAUUUAAAGGAAUGAUGUUCUCGAAGAUGACAGCCAUUACGGAAAUCAUAUUCCUGCUCAGUGUCAUUCUCAUCUGCAAUGUUACCGAAGCUGUUUACUACUGCAAUGUAGCAGAUCCCUGUGCUCAGGCAAAUGCAUCUACAUUCUUUGAACCUUACGCAAGGUUUGAAAGUUGUCAGUAUGAUUCCAGAUUCGGGUUAUGCGAUCGUUAUAUUACCCCGGACUGGUACCGAGUGGACGACGCCAUGUUGACACAAUGUCCAGAGCUUCUGAGCUGUGGUGCCUUAUAUCCUGUUUGGCUGAAUGGAUCCUUGCCGACCGAAGCUGAGGGUAUUGUUGAUAUAAAAGCAUGUAAAGUUGGUUUUGCUGACUGUUGUUCAAGAAACUAUGACGUCAAAAUAAGAAACUGUGGAUCCUUCUAUGCCUAUUGUCUGGGGGCUCUUGAUUCAUGCUCAGAAAGAUACUGCUUUGGAAAGCAAGGUUCUUGUGAAGUUCCGACCACUGUUGGGACGACAACAACUCCCGCACCAACGACCGCUGCACCACCUACAACCUGCUCUGAAGAUCCAUGCAUCGAGAGUAAUCUUCAAUCAUUACCACAACCCAAGGACCGCUCGAUGCAGUGUGAAUACAAAACAGAGGAUUCUUAUUGUGAUAACCACCUGAGUCAAGCCUGGUACAAACACGACUCUUCAAUGUUGACUCAGUGUCCUAGUCUCUUAGGCUGUGGGACAAUUUAUCCUGUGUGGCUAAAUGGAACAAUACCCAGCACUUCAGACGGUGUGGUCACAAGAAAGGCAUGUCAGAAAGGCUACGGCAACUGCUGUUCGACGUCAUACGACAUCAAGAUUAAGAAUUGUGGCGAAUAUACGGCUUAUUGUUUAAAAGGCCUCGAUACUUGUCCAUCUCGAUAUUGUUUUGGCGAUGAAGUGUGUUGGGACGGCGAUGCUGAGAAACCUGACCCCGACGAAGAUCACGAUAACAGGCAUUUGAAUUUGGAGAUUAUUCUGGGCGCCAUAUUGGGGGUGUUGACAUUGAUAUUCGUUGUAAUGCUGAUCAUCAAUAGAAAGGCUUUAAACAUUAUGAAAUGCUGUAAAAGGGAGAGUAAAUUAGGAUCGACUGUGAACAUUCAGAAAUCAGAGAAGAUUGCCAUAGAAAAUCCAACAUACUGCGGAAGUCCCCCUCCAUCCUACAGUCCUUAUUAUUCAGCUUUGGGGAUGGCAUAUACGCAGAAACCCAGAUUUCUACUGUUUGCACAAUCAAUUUGGAUUUUUAUGUCUCUACACUUCUCUGGUGCCCAAGACCCCUGCUUAGCAGAGAAUUUCGUGGAGCUAGAUCACGUGUCUAAAAGGUAUCCUACGUAUGCCCUUGACGACAGUCCGCUCUGUGAUAGAUACUUAACAAAGCGCUGGUACAGGGCCAAAGAUCACGUGAUGUCUACAUCUCCACCCAGCCUGGCAUAUUGUGGCACUCUUUACCCCGUUUGGUUACAAGAUCCAGUACCAGGGAAGGGAGUGACAGAUACACUGACCGCCUGUGAGGUCGGAUUUUCUAGCAACUGUGCUAAAAGUUAUGAAAUUGAUGUGAAAAACUGCACGUCGUUCCUCGUAUAUGAACUGAAACCACUUGAUGCCUGCAACGCAGCCUACUGUUUUGAGCUUGACAAUGAUUGUGUGGAAAAGUCGGUGGAGAACAUUCAAGUUUCCUUUCAUAACGUAUCUUGGACAACAGCUGUACAAAAAAUUGCAGCAGGAAAAACUCAGUAUGAUCCACAGGUCAAUCUGAUUUGCUCCUUCACACCUGCUGCUGAUGAUACGCUAUUGUACCACAUAACCUGGUACGUCGACAACAACAUUCUGAUUAAAAGUCUGACUGUUGAUAAGACAUCCCUACAGAACGCAAUACUCUCUGCUGAUGAUCUCCACAAUGCCGGGAAAAAGAUUGGUAUCUGGAUACAAUGCAUUGUAGGACUAACGAACUCAGAGGAUAAACUACCAUGUGUUACAAAGGGGAGCACUCUUUUUUUUGCUGGAAUAGAGGUUUUGAAUGAGACGCUUACGGUUGAGAGACAGGGCCAUUCAACCAUUAUGGUACGUCCAACCAUCCCUUUCGGCUCCGAAACAAUAGAUAUUGGAAGACAGAUCACAAGUCCUUUGAAUAUACAGUUGUCAUUCGUGGACGACAAUAUCAAGGCCAAGUGCCAAGCUAAUGGAGGCCUUGCCCAAUGUUCUAUUACAAUACCAAGCUACACGUACGAUGAAAGACAAAAGUAUGACGAUACAACAAACUGGUAUAAAAUCUACACAAUGACGGUCUAUAACUCCGAUCAGGAGGGAUAUUAUAUUGAUGAUCGCCGCUUGGUACUAAGACUAGAAACAAACAACCCAUCAGGCAUUGGAGCUAGACUAUUUGGUGGUGUCGUGCUUCCAGAUGUAUCCAUCAAUAUCGUGGAGUCAAAUGAAGCGUGGAAGGGAAAGCGAUGCAGCUCGUAUAUCGACCCACAUUUAACAUCCUUUGAUGGAUUAGCCUUCGAAUGCCAGGCAACAGGAUGCAUUACAGGGAAGACAUACACAUUCUACAAAAACAGCGAUCAUCUACAAGAGGUCCAGGUACGACAUGCUAAUUGUUGGGGCUCACCACGGUGUGCAUGUGCAGUAGCAGCUAGAUCGGGUCAAGGUGUGUUCACAAUGGACUUCUGUGACUCAAGACGAUACAUCAAUUUCCCUAUAUGUAAAGACAAAUCACUGAAGGUCAUCAAAGAAACAGACAAACUAUUUAAGAUAAUUUUUCCAACUGGGACUUACGUCAAAGUGAUGUUAUACGAUUAUGGAUCAUGGUACAUGAACAUUGAAGUCUAUCCAACUGUUGCUGAUGUACAGAAAACAUCAGGACUCUGUGGGGUUUUGGAUGAUGAUACAACAAAUGAUCUUCGUCUUUUGGAUGGAUCGAUCAGCACUUCUAGUCCUCCGGACGAUUUCUCUUUAUCAUGGAAAUUACCAGAUGGCAGCGAUGAUGAUCUCCUGUCUCACUCACAGUCUGUAUAUGACACCCUAGCUCCGUUGUCAACCUACUUCCAAAAAUUGUGCACAUGUGAUGGCGGAUAAACGUAUUGUAGUUACAAAAAAUAUGUAGACUGUGAGACAAAUGUAAAAGGAAAGGAAUAUCAAUGUAUCUUACACAAUAGCGCCAGGAAAAAACGAGACCUGGAAUUCAUUCAUAAUGUCCAAAAAAGAGAACAACAGUCAGAAACUAAGAUGCAGCGAGUCGUGAGAAGUAAGCGGCAGGUGAUAGAUGUGGCAGAGGCUCAGCAGACAUGCUACACAGUGUUUGAUGAAUCACAGCUCUAUGCAACGUGUCUUGAAGUAGUGCCAAAUUUUAGCAAUGAAAGUGUGGAAAACUGCAUUAUGGAUUUGUCUAUGACUGGAGAGGAAAACCUCACACAAAUACAUCUUGAAACUGCUCUCGGACAAUGUCAGGCAUAUAUUGUGCUGAAUUCAACUCUGAAAAAAGAACAGUCUAACUUUACAGAGAUAAUGAUCAAUUUAUGCCCAAAUAAUUGCAGCGGUAACGGUAUUUGUUCUGGAGGAAACUGUACGUGUAACUAUGGAUACGGUGGAAGCGACUGUUCGUUUGAUAUUCUCUCCCCACCGACAAUAACCAAAAUAUCAGACGAUGGGUUGUGCGAUAAAACCGAGGAGGCGUGCGAUGAUAUCACACUGUAUGGCCAAUACUUCUUGGAAAACAUGGGGACUACAUGCUACGUAAAUCGACAAGAGAUAACAGAAACAAAGAAUAUUUCUUCACAAGAGUCCUACACCGUUAGCCUAGAGGAGAGAACCUUGUAUGAAGGAUAUUGUAGACUUGAUUAUUCACUGACCAACACAUGGAGUACGACGUUUCAGUUCAAGAUAUCUAAUGAUGGCAUUCAGUUCUCAGAGAUAUAUUCUGUGUAUGUCUAUCAAUCUCAAUGCCAAAUAUUCAACAACGAUACCGGAAGUGUUUAUUUCACUCUACAGGAUGGAUAUUGUUACAUCAACGGGAGCUGUAUUCAGAAAGGUGAAUUCAGUGGUAACGACUCCUGCUACCGGUGUGACCCUGAUACACACAGAUAUGAUUGGACAUAUGAUUGUAACACGACAGUAUUAACAACCCAGGACACGGGGACGACAGCUUCCACUACACCAUACACAAGUACGACUUCCAAAGGCGCCCAAACGACUCGUACCAUUUCUAGCAGUACCUCCGCUCCAGGCACUAUUUCUACCGGCGCUCAAACAACUGUCGGCAUUUCUAGCAGUACCUCCGCUCCAGGCACCACUUCUACAGGCGCUCAAACGACUCUCGGCAUUUCUCCCAGCACUUCCGCUACAGGUACUACUUCUACAGGCGCUCAAACGACUCUCGGCAUUUCUAGCAGUACUUCCGCUCCAGGCACUACUUCUACAGGCGCCCAAAUGACUCUCGGCAUUUCUAGCAGCACUUCCGCUCCAGGCACUACUUCUACAGGCGCUCAAACGACUCUCGCCAUUUCUAGCAGUACUUCCGCUCCAGGCACUACUUCUACAGGCGCUCAAAGGACUCUCAGCAUUUCUAGCAGUACCUCCGCUCCAGCCACUACUUCUACAGGCGCCCAAACGACUCGUAGCAUUUCCAGCAGUGUCUCCCCUUCAUACACCACUUCCACAUCUCCAUCAACAAAGACACAGUCAACACCUUUGACUUCAACUUCACAGUCAACAUCACAGUCAACUGCAUCACUGCCCCUGGUCUCAUCCUCUACUGAUAGUGUAAAUUUAAAGACCACAUCACCAUCAUUGAAUGAUAUAGACGACAAUUCACACAAAAGCACCAAACAGGAUACUGAAUUAUCAGAGCGGGCUAUAGGGUUAAUCUGUGCAGUGGCUUUUGUUACCGUGGCAAUAAUUUCCCUCACCGGAUAUUUGCUCAAAGCAAAAUAUAGCAAAAGAGGAGAUGAUCAGAUUCCUAGUUUGACCACUCAUCAUACACAUGACGAAGUUGACAUUUGCCACGAAAACGAUGCAGUGUCAGCGGGAGAAGAUGCACAUAACAUAUUCGACAUCCGUCCAGAGGACUUGGUUUCCAGACCACCAACUGCAACCUCCAUGUUCAGACAACCGCCCACUAAUGACCUGAGUAGAAUAUAUGACCAGAAGCAUCUCGACAAAAUGUUUAGUAUUAGUAAAUGACAUUCGAUCAUGUUGGUUAUUUUUAUAUCUUAACGUUGGAACUCUUUCUUUAAUACACGUUACGAAACAA